AGUCUUAUGCAAAAUAAAUACCGGGCAAUUUGGAGGAAGGGCAGGGACAUCGCAAAACACUUCAUGUUGGAAGUAUUCUAUGAGGGUAAUGGCUACUCUUAAGACUUCAAGAAUAAGGUCGGGAGCACACUCAGUAUCUUCAGGUCCUGGUUAGCAGCUUUUCCUGAGAUGUCCCUGGUAAUACUGGGAGUACAAAAACCGACCAGAUCAUUGCAGUUUCUGUAUUUGCUGUUCUGUAUUUCUUCGAUUUUCUUUCCCGUGUUAAUCAUUAGCUGAGAGCCCCAAGCAUAACCUUAACCACAGUCAGACACAGAAUUUCCCCUGCAGCUACACUCCCAAACUCCGCGAAGUUUCCCCUGGCCCCAGCUGUGCGGUUCUGUAGCCUCCAAUAGCUGAAUUCCAGCAGCAAAGCAGUCUCCACCCACUGGAAAAAUUCCUGAUCCGCCCAUCUCUCUCCUCCCAAGCUGUUGCUCCUGGCUCAGCUCUGCACUGACUUCCUGCCAGGCCCUGGGAAGCUGUGACCAGGGGGUCUCCCCAGGGAUCUUUCUCUUAGAGAUUUGGCUCCUCGCCUCCCCCUUGUCCGGUCCCUGCCAAGGGGAGGGGAUGAUUGGAGUGGGCGGGGGGAGUCGGCCGGCCGCGGUCCAGUUACUUUCGUAAGCGUAUUUCAAAGUGUCCUCAAGAUCAUUCGGGCACAUGGAACAGCCCUUAGUGCUUGGAUUCUUCAAGCUGCUUUCACACUUUGUAGGCAACUGGACUCGGCUGAAUCUGGACAUCGCCGGCAGCUGGUAAGUGCUUUCUCUCUUCUCUCCUUUUCUUCUCUCUCCGCCUUUCUGAUAGGGGAAGUUGGAGCUUUUAGGCUGGACAGUUUAGUAGGAAGAUUCCCCGCCCCCCCCUCCACAUCCCUACCCUACACCCUCCUCACACACCAAUAUUUCAGGCACCACAUAACCACAUGAGCAUCCAGCGAAACGACAAAAGGGUAAGGCAGUGUUCUGUCUUGUUGCAGGGAGAAUUAGUGAUCACGCGGCUUGGAUUAUAAAAACAUUUUAACCAGGAGACAUUUUCUGGCCUUUUGCCCCUAUCCCGGAAAUAGAGAGAGCGAGAACACCCUGUGGCAUGUAAGGGACUUUGAAUUUGAACACCGGGAAGCGCGGGCAGGCCGGAGAUUUAGGUCCCUCCUACUCCCGCCCCCUACCAGCCCGCUAGGUUGAACACUCCGACUGCUCCCUCUGCAUUCAGGGUUUGUGCUUAGCGUCUCUGCCCAUUGAAAUCUAGACGGGAAGGUUCGCGGAAUCACUCUAUAUAUUAUUUCAUUGGCUCUUCACAGCAACUCUUUGAGAAUGUCCCCAAAACCUCUUCACUAAGCAGCAAUGCCAGGAUGCCUGUCUCAGUCUCCUUACACCAAGAUGCGACCCAAGAGCGUCCUGUGAGCUUAGCCUCUAGCACCUCUUCUUCAGACUCAUCCCGGGACAGCCAGACCAUGGAAGAACCCAAUGGAACUGUUCCUGGUGCUGAAGGCGAGUCUGGCUCCUCCCAUGACGGCCAUAUCCCCAAUAACCAUAACAAUUCCAGCACCUGGCUGAAUCUGAGAGGAUCUCUAAAAGGUUCACCAUUUAGUUCCCGGUCUACACCUGGGCCUGGACAUCACAAACUGAGCUACCUGGGUCGAGUGGUGAGGGAGAUUGUAGAGACAGAGCGCAUGUAUGUACAGGAUCUCCGAAGCAUUGUUGAGGAUUACCUUUUGAAGAUCAUUGAUACACCAGGGCUGCUGAAACCAGAACAAGUCAGUGCACUCUUUGGGAACAUAGAAAGCAUCUAUGCAUUAAACAGUCAGCUAUUGAAAGACCUGGACAGCUGUAAUAAUGAUCCGGUGGCUGUGGCUAAUUGCUUUGUAGAAAGGAGCCAAGAAUUUGACAUUUAUACCCAAUACUGCAACAACUAUCCAAAUUCAGUAGCAGCGCUAACCGAGUGCAUGAGAGACAAACACCAGGCCAAAUUUUUCCGGGACCGACAAGAGGUCUUACAGCACUCACUGCCCCUGGGUUCUUUUUUGCUGAAACCGGUCCAAAGAAUUCUCAAGUACCACCUUCUUCUCCAGGAAAUUGCCAAGCAUUUUGAUCAGGAGGAAGAUGGCUUUGAGAUGGUUGAAGAUGCAAUUGAUACCAUGACUUGUGUGGCUUGGUACAUCAAUGACAUGAAGAGGAAGCAUGAGCAUGCUGUCCGACUCCAGGAAAUCCAGUCGCUCCUGAUCAAUUGGAAGGGACCAGACUUGACAACAUAUGGAGAGCUGGUCUUGGAAGGCACUUUCCGAGUGCAUCGUGUGCGGAAUGAGAGGACUUUCUUUCUCUUUGACAAGGCAUUGUUCAUUACUAAAAAGCGAGGAGACCACUUCGUCUACAAAGGUCACAUCCCGUGCUCCUCUUUGAUGUUAAUUGAGAGCACCAAAGACUCUCUGUGUUUCACCGUCACUCACUACAAGCACAGCAAGCAGCAAUAUAGCAUCCAGGCCAAAACUGCAGAAGAGAAGCGUUCAUGGACCCAUCACAUUAAGAGACUGAUCUUAGAGAAUCACCAUGCUACUAUCCCCCAAAAGGCUAAGGAAGCCAUCUUGGAAAUGGACUCCUAUUAUCCCAAUCGUUACCGGUAUAGUCCAGAGAGGUUAAAAAAAGCUUGGUCUUCCCAAGAUGACAUGCCCGCUCAAGUGCGUCAAUAUCGGCGACAAUCUGAGCCAACCAAACAGCUUCUCAAGCAGCUUAACGAGAAAGCAUCAAGGGCAUCGGGUGUCAAGGUAAGGCCAGUGAGUGGCCUCGAGAUGGGAUACAGGAUGGAACAGGGGAUUGGCCUUCAGCAUGCAGGGAGCGCUGGAGCCCUCCUGGACUUUGGGCAGCUGCCCCUUACAGGGGAGCAGCAGUCUGAAGCCGAAGAGGCUGCUCAGGAGGAAGAGGAGGAGGAGGAGGAAGUGGUGGAGGAAGAGCAGGCCCUUCAAAAGGCCUCUCUGGAGGAGCUGACUGUGAGCGAUGGCAGCAAGAAGGGGGCCAGGGCUGAGCCACAAGGUUCAGAGGAAGAGGAGGAGGAGGAGGAGGAGGAGGAGGAGGAGAGUCUGGUGGGAGCUGAGCAGGUAGCCGACUUUGCCAGCUCCCUGCUGGCUGCCCUCCACUGCUGGCACUAUCGAGCCAACGCUUUAUUUUUCUCCCGGGGCGCUAUGGUUAAAAGUCAGGAUGAAUAUGAAGUGUCCAAAGGCUAUAAAAGGCCUAGUGGCCAGUCUUUAACUAGUCCUGAGAAGCGCAUGAGCUUUGAGUCUGUCUCUUCCCUGCCAGAGCCUGAACCAGAUGCAGAACCUGAAGAUGGGACAGGGCUAUUUUCAGCCACAGAAGACAAUAGUGAAGAGAUGAUGCAGUCAGACAAAGAAUCAUCAUCUAUCUUGGAACAGCACCAAGAAGUGCUAGAUUCUGACCAUCCAGUCAAAGUGGUUGACCAUGCAGUUGCUGAGAGCACAGAAGACCUUAAAACCCUCAGCAGUGAGGAAGAGGAGGAAGUGACGGUCCCAGAGCCAGAGAGCAUCCUACCGACAUCCGUGCUGGACCAGGCUAGCAUCAUUGCUGAAAGGUUUGUCAGCACCUUCUCCCGGCGCAACAGCCUGGCUCUGGAGGAAGGCAAAGCCAGUGGCUUUUUGACUCCGAGGCUGGUUAGUCGGAGUAGCAGUGUCCGGAGCCUUGAUGGCAUUGAGAAGGGGCCAGCUGUCCACUGCAGCACCACAGACUCACUCAGCUCCUUGACACCCCUAGAAGCAGAUCCUGAGGGGGCGGUGCCCUCAGAGAACACUUCCGCCCUCAAUAGGUCUGUGCCCCCAAGCCCCAGCUGCCCAGGAGAACCUGAAAGGGUCUUUAACAAGAAGGAGGACAUGCUUUCCACCCGAGACCGACUGCUACUUGACAAGAUCAAGAGUUACUAUGAAAAUGCGGAGCACCACGAUGCCGGCUUUAGCAUCCGGCGUCGGGAGAGUCUUUCCUACAUCCCUAAGGGCUUGGUAAGGAACUCUGUGUUUAGGUUCAAUAGCCUUCCUAGGCCAGAACCUAAACCUGUGGCUCCUGUUGGGCACAAAAGACUCGAUGGUUCCCGACCUGCCUCUUGGAUGCUUUUUGAUCUCCCUGGACCAGGCCAGGUUAAUUCUAGGGAUCCUCCCCCCAUCACUGAUGCUGAAUUCCGCCCAUCAUCAGAAAUAGUGAAGAUGUGGGAAGGAAUGGAGUCCUCUGGGGACACCUGCAAGAAUCCAGCAGUGAGGAACAAGGAAACAGGCCUGAACCAGGAGAAUGGCUUUGACUUGCAUGAGCCAUUAUUCAUCCUGGAGGAGCAUGAGCUGGGAGCUAUCACUGAGGAGCCAGGUGGGAACUCCCUAGAAGGAAUCUCCCUUACUGAUAGUCCUGGCCCUGCCCAGCUUGCCAGGGAGCUAAAGGAACUAGUAAAGGAGUUGAGUGGGAGAGAUGAAGAGCUUCCAACUCCACUGCACCCUCACAUCAUGCAGCUCUCUCACAUGAUGGAUAGGGAUUUGACUGAGCGUGUCAAGAACAAGGUCUACCAGCUGGCUCGUCAGUACAGCCUCAGGAUCAAGAGCCAUAAGUCUACAAUGCCUCAGCGAAAAAAGGUAGAUUCAAAGCAAGAGAAGAAUCUGACUUUGACCCACUUGCAGGAGGAGCUACGAGCGCUACCUUGCAAAGGUAAAAUGAAGCCAUUACUGUCCCUCUCCAAUAAUGAACAAGUAAUGUUCUUAGAACAUAGUCCCUCCAAGUCCACCUCAGCAAAGGAGAAAUCUCCUCGACGCUUCUACGGUUCUUCUCCUGGAGGCUGGCCCUCGAAUCGCAGUCCCCUCAGUCCUAUUGACACAGAAACUUUCCAUUGGCCAGAUGUUCGUGAGCUAUGUUCAAAGUAUGCUUCCCACGAUGAGGCUUCUCAGACCGGACGGGGCCAGCGCCCAGGCCCUCCUGUCAACCGGAGCCUCUCCGUGCCAGAGAAUAUCAUGGAGCCAGCCCCCGCGGGGAAGAUGGGUCGCUGCUGCAGCCUCAGUACCAACUCCAGUCGAGGAAGCCAAGAGAUAAGCCAGCCCCAGCCUCCCAAGGAUCUCUUUUCACAUGACUCCUCCCAGACCCAAGGGCAGGACGGAGAUGAAGACUUGUACCUCACAGCAGACUUGACCCUGGAGAACAACCGGCGAGUCAUUGUCUUGGAGAAGGGACUGCCUGCGCCGGUAGGGGAAGAAGAACAAGAGAGCCACGUGCGAGGGGAAAAGCUCCCCUCGAAGGCAGGGGCAGAAUGUUGCAAGGCUUACCAGGAAUCGGAGGAGUUCAGCUGUCAAGAAGAGGGGGGCCAUGCUCCACAUGUGGGGCAAGGGGAUACAGCGGAUAUGGGCCAACAGGGCCGAGUGAGAAACCUGAGGGAAAAAUUUCAGACUUUGAACUCAAAUGGUUGAAUUGGGCUCCUUGGGAACGACAAGGGGAAGUGUUGCUGAGCGGAGAAGAGCUCCACUUGGAUCUGGUGACCUUCUCAGCCUUCUCCACCCGCAGCCCAAUUCCUCCUAAGCCUUGACUUCCCAAAUCUGCCUGCUGCCUCUGACAUCGGCUUGUGUGGAGUAAACCCGGGGAUCUUCUCUCUGGCUCCCUUCUCCCUUCUAGGUAGGCGUAGGUACUGGGUACUUUGGGCACCUGCUGCCUCGCUCUUUGGACUGAAAAGCUCCCCGCAGGUCAAGCCCUUUGUUGUGCCAACAAGACCGGACUCCACGAUGCUAACAGUGAGAAGCCGAGGCCUGUGUGGGCUAUUUCCCUUUUUGUUUUCCUCUUUUGGUAUAAGGCCAAAUAUUUAAGCUUACUUCUCUCCAGGGAGAGGUGCCCACAGGCUGGGGUCUGCAGCUUGCCAGUCACUGCCAGGCUGAAGAGUAUAUCCAGAAGAAAAAUGUGAGAAGGUGGCUUAGGAGGAUUUUCUUUAUUAAAUGCUUCCAUUUCCAAGGCAGAAAAGAGAAGUCUGGGACUUGAACAAUAAUUUAUUACUUUCCAUCCUGUGGGGUGUGUAUGUGUAUGUAUGUUUGUGUAUGUUGUUUUUUUGUUUAUUUUCUUCUUCCCCUUUCCUAUUUUUAAGAAUGUAAUUGACUCAGUCCAGGUACUUUUGAGGGUUGUUUUGCUGACCCAAUGGUUGUUUCUAAUGUACAUACAUUUUAUCCCUUGCCAAUGGUGCAAUAACCACUGCUGACCAGCCAA